AGACGUGACUUGUGCUAUAGAGCAUCAGAGCAGCAAGGUCAGCAACCGACAGUUGAUUCACUAUUGUGCACUAUGGCGUCGCUGAGCAUCAAAGAGAGUGACAUUCCGUCGCAGGCCGGGAAAACCGCCGUCAUCACCGGAGGAGCCUCUGGCAUUGGCCUCGCAGCGGCCAGGAUUCUCGUCGAGAAGGGGGCCGCAGUCCACGUGCUCGACCUUAACAGGCCGGCCGCAGAGGAGGAUCAGCACAUCCCGGGCCUGCAGUUCCACCAGUGCAACAUUUCCGUCUGGGAGGAGCUCCGCAGCGCCUUCGAGGAGAUCGGUCACAUUGACUACGCCUUCGCUAACGCCGGCGUGUCGGAGGAGACCGAUUACUUCGCCGACACACUGGACGGAGAGGGCCGCCUCAUCGAACCGACAUACCGCGUGCUCGACGUCAACGUCCGCGGCGCCUACAACGUCGUCAAGCUGGCGUGGAGCCACAUGCGCAAGGAUAAGACGCCGGGCAGCAUCGUCAUCACCACGAGCGCGUCCGGGUACGCACCCGAGCAGUCGCUGCCAGUGUACUCCAGCGGCAAGUUGGCGCUCGUCGGACUCAUCCGCGCCCUCCGAUCCGUAAUCAUCCAGGACAACAUCACCAUCAACGGCGUCGCCCCCGCAGCCACCAUCACCAGCCUCCUCCCGGCGCACCUGGCAGCUCCCAUCAUGGCCAUGGGCUUGCCCGUCAGCGACGCCCGAUUUGUAGGUCUUGCUCUGGUACACUCGGCCGUGGCGACGCAGAACCGCCGCGUGCAGGCCUAUGGCAAGGAGGCCGAUGGUGAUGUUUGGAAAAAAGGAGAGCGUUGGAACGGGCGAGUGAUCUUGACACUGGGGGACCGCUACACCGAAUUGGAGGAACCGACGGCGGACCUGCGGCCCUUCUGGUUUGGCAGGGAGAAUACGCAGAUGACAAGGUUGCAGCAGGCGGCCACGGAUUUCCGUCCGCUGGGUAGUGGCUGA